AUGCCUGGAGAAGUGAUUGAUCGACCAAACCCGGGGCCUCCACCGUCCCAUUUACCAGAUUCGGUGGACGAACUCAUAGUUCGGCUUCAAACAGUCAAAUUAGACGACAAUGCCCGUCGAUCAUUGGAGAAGUUUCGCAGGGCUACGGACUAUAUCGCUGCAGUGAUAUCCCGCGAAGCUAUGAUAUUUCUCCAAGAUAAUGCCUACUUGAAACGUCCGGUCAAGCCCGAGGACAUCAAACCCCGUCUACUAGGCCACUGGGGGACCUGCCCUGGUCUGAAUCUCGUGUACUCCCAUCUUAAUUACCUCAUACGAUGUCACGACUUGGAUAUGCUCUUCGUCACCGGGCCUGGACACGGCGCUCCUGCGAUCCUCGCCUCACUCUGGAUUGAAGGGUCAUUGGGAAAGUUUUACCCUAAGUACGCCAAUAACGCCAGCGGGCUGACAAAAUUGAUCACCCAAUUCAGCACAACUGGCGGGUUCCCCAGCCAUAUCAAUGCGGAGACACCGGGAUCGAUACAUGAAGGUGGCGAACUCGGAUAUGCCCUGGCCGUCUCGUUCGGGGCGGUCAUGGAUAACCCAGACCUGAUAACAGCUGUCGUUGUGGGCGAUGGCGAGGCCGAGAGCGGCCCGUGUACAGCGAGCUGGAAUGGUAUCAAGUACAUCGAUCCUGCAGAGUCAGGGGCCGUUUUGCCAAUUCUGCAUCUUAAUGGAUUUAAGAUUAGCGAGCGGACUAUUUACGGUUGUAUGGAUGACCGAGAGCUUGUUUCCUUGUUUUCCGGUUUCGGCUAUCAGACACGAAUCGUGGAGGGUUUAGACGAUAUUGAUACCAACUUGAACAGCUCGCUAGAAUGGGCGCUAGCUGAGAUUCGUAAGAUUCAAAAGGCCGCUCGGUCAGGAAACCCAAUCAUGAAACCCCGGUGGCCAAUGUUGAUCUUGCGAACCCCAAAAGGUUGGACAGGACCAAAGAGUAUCCAUGGAAAAAUUGUUGAGGGCUCCUUUGCUGCCCAUCAAGUGCCAUUGCCCCAGGCGGCAAAGGAUGACGAAGAGCUCGAGGCAUUACAGACAUGGCUUUCUUCCUAUAAGCCUGAAGAGCUGUUCGACGAGAAUGGAGACGUGAUCGAUGAUAUUAAAUCCAUUCUUCCCAAGGAAGACUGCAAACGAAUGGGUCAACGGAAAGAAGUGUGUGAUUCUUUUGAAAAACUCAAAAUGCCAGAUUGGAGACGUUACACAGUCUCGAAAGGGUCACAGGAGAGCUCUAUGAAAACGAUCUCGCAUUUUCUAGACCAGAUCCUGGUGGAUAACCCCCAUUCUAUGCGGAUUUUUUCCCCAGAUGAACUGGAGAGUAACAAGCUAGGUGCCGUGUUAGAGCAUACGGGGCGAAAUUUUCAGUGGGAUCAAUUUUCCAAUGCUCGUGGGGGCCGGGUGAUUGAAGUGUUGAGCGAGCAUAUGUGCCAGGGUUUUCUCCAGGGAUACACUUUGACUGGCCGAACUGGUAUAUUCCCUUCUUACGAGAGUUUCUUAGGAAUCAUCCAUACGAUGAUGGUCCAAUACUCUAAAUUCAACAAAAUGGGAAGGGAUACCAACUGGCGUCGCCCGUUGCCUAGUAUUAAUUAUAUCGAGACUAGCACCUGGGCCCGCCAGGAGCAUAAUGGAUUCUCUCAUCAGAAUCCAUCAUUUAUAUCCGCGGUUUUGAACCUGAAGCCCUAUGCUGCAAGAGUUUAUCUGCCACCGGAUGGCAACACGUUCCUUUCAACGUUGUCUCACUGCUUACAGUCAAAGAACUAUGUUAACCUUAUGAUCGGGUCGAAACAGCCAACUCAGAUAUACCUGAGUGUGGAAGAGGCUGAAACCCACUGCCGAGCAGGAGGUUCGAUCUGGGGGUUUGCGAGUACGGAUGGUGGCCUUGAUCCGGACGUCGUACUUGUUGGCAUUGGGACAGAAGUCACGUUCGAGGUCAUCCAGGCUGCUUCCAUACUGAGAAAGCUGGUUCCAGAACUUCGCGUUCGAGUGAUAAACGUGACAGACCUAAUGAUCCUUGGAUCAGAGAGAAGCCAUCCGCACUCCCUCUCGGAUGAGACGUUUGACUCGAUGUUCACCGCAGACCGUCCGAUCCACGUCAACUACCACGGAUAUGAAACAGAGUUAAAGGGUCUGCUCUUCGGUAGACCUCGUGUUGACCGUAUCAGCAUCGGUUCUUACAUGGAGGAGGGUUCUACCACAACUCCGUUUGACAUGAUGCUUCUAAAUAGGGUAUCGCGAUUCCACGUUGCCAAGGCUGCCGUGAGCGGAGGCUCGCUGCGCAAUGAAAAGGUGAGGAUCCGGCAGCAGGAGCUUCUCACUACCUUUGAGCAUGAGAUCCGAUCUGCAAGGAAGUACAUCAUCGAGAAUCACAAAGAUCCCAGCGACAUGUACGACAUGCCCACAUUUAAAUAG